AUGACCCCAAAUGAAGAACCCCCAGGCUCAGGGAUUGUCAGGCUACUCCUGCAUUUUAGGUGGACUUGGAUUGGGCUCAUAGCUCCUGACUCUGACAAUGGAGAAAGGUUUCUGAGCACCCUGGCACCUGCACUUGCUAAGGAUGGUGUCUGUGUUGCCUUCUCACAAACCUUUUCACGAGACAAUUUCUUUAUAUUACAAUGGUUCGGAAAGCUCCGGCAGAAGAAUUCACUUUCCAUGGACAGGCGAAUCAACGUGUUUCUUUACUAUGGGGAAUCUCAGUCCCUCAUUGAAGCUGCAGUUGUACUUCGCAUAGUGGGUGAAACCCUGGAACCGAUUACUGGGAAAGUUUGGAUCACAAUAGCUCUCUCAUAUGCCAGCUCCAACAUGUCUCCCAAAAUACUUGAGAACAAACACAUUCAUGGAUAUUUAUCUUUGUUUAUCCAGACCAAAAAAAGAUCAAAACACGAUGGUAAUCUACCAGUUUCUUUCCCCUAUAAGAAUUUCCAUCCAUGUUGGCCUGAAGGCUAUCAUUGCUUAUAUUCAAAGCAUGUGUUAUCUGUGAAAGGCCAGAGGCGAUGCAGAGUGAAGGAGACCCUUUUGGGGUUCUCUCAAGAUGUCCUUGAAAGGAGCCUCUUUCAGGACACCUACAGCAUUUACAACACGGUCCGUGCUCUGGCCCAUGCCUUAAAUGCUGCGUACUCCUCUAAAUCCAAGAGGGUGGUGAUGGUGGGACAGAACAGGUUGGAAGAUGAAAAAGUCCAACCAUCACAGGUAUUCGUUUUUAUUCUCUAAUGAUCUGGAUAGAUAUUGUUCCAUUUUAAAUGAAAAUCGAUUUAAUGACGGAUUCAUAGAUCCUUUUCCUUUAAUUAACAGAAAUUUACCAAGCAUUAAAAAGAGGAGAUAAAUAAGGUUAUAAAAUACUGUAGGUCAAAAUGAUUGAUACAGAAUUGAUAGGCCCUUCAAUAGUUACCUUGAUCUGCAGGGCUAUGGACUGUUAGCAAUAAUCAUGUCACCCUUUCAAAGAGAAGACCAACGAUUCCUCAAAACAAAAUGACAUUCAUAUUAAAUCUCCAUUCAUAUACAUUCCUAUGUAUACCAUCAUGAUUAUUUCAAUCAUAAUCAUCAUAUCUCACUUUCCUAAUAUCAAAGACAAGCAAAGCAUUCCAAAGUUAAAGCAAGAUAGAAUUCUACUGCAUGUAAGAAGUUCCAAAGUUUCUUCACAAAUCCUGGUCAAGGAGAUGGUGCAGACUGUUCCACUGUUGAACAGCUCUUAGGGCCAGAAAGUUCUUAGUAAUGCAAGUCAGAUCAGUCAUCUCAUGCACGAUCAAAUCUUGAAAGAGCAUGGUUUUAACAUGGACUGAUCUGACAUUCAGCAGUAGCAGCACCAGACCAGAGGGCUCAGUAGAUCUGCUACUAGUAACCUCUAGUGGUGUGAGAGGGCUGGAACAAGGAACAGAGACCAAACACCUAGGCCUCCACCCCUGAUGGUGGCCUGCCCCCUCCCCACUCCAGCGAUGCUUUCCCCUGCCUAUCACCACGAGAAUAGGGGCAGCAUCUUGACCACGCCCUGCUACCUGCCCACCUAGAAUCAUUAAAGCAUUUCCAUUCACCCCGUUUACACUUGGGGGAUUAGGCCACAGAAAACUAAGCUAAGGCACAUUAUUAGACAUGCCCCACACUGUCAGAAGAAAAUGUUAGAUCCCCAGCUACUUUCCUACCACUGCCUCUCACUCAAACGGGGAAGUCCACCAAACCUAAUUUCCCUUUCAACCAGCCUCUCACCCUGGUUGAGGGUCACAGGCCUGCCUCAUGCAGUUCCCAUGCCUGCAAGUCUGCAGCCUGCCACAACCGCAGCCACAGCCAUAGCUUGGAGCAAGACUCAGAGAGGAGGUGCCAUUCCCUCCCCAACCCCAACACAGAGCCUCUAGGACGGAACCUAUUUCUUGGAUGGAAGAGCCCAUUCUGAAAGACCUCAAGUAUAUUGGGGAAAUGAUAUACCAAUGGUAAUUAACUCCAGUAAAAUUGGCAAAAAUUUAUAAAUCAAAAUCAAAUACCUGUUGGAGAUGCAAGAAAGAAAUAGGAACAAUGUUUCACAUGUGGUGGGAAUGCCGACCUAUUCAACAAUUUUGGAAUGAAAUAUAUGAAGAAAUCAAAAAGAUGUUUAAAAUAUCUUUUAGUAAAAAAUGGGAGGCAUUCCUUUUAGGUAUAAUUACAAAAGAUAUUCCCAGCAAUCAAAAGAAAGUAUUCCUUUAUGCAGCAACAGCUCCCAGGAUGGUCAUAGCAAAAAACUGGAAAGGGGGGUGGAAUCCCAUCAAUAAAAGAAUAGCAAAUUAAACAUUGUGCUUAUAUGAAUUUGGCAAGAUUCACAGCAUUCCUAAGGGGACAAUCGGACCAAAAAUUAGCAAAGGAAUGGGAUUGUGUUAAAGAAUAUAUGAAAAAACAUUGUUCUGGAGUAAGUAUAUCGGUAUGUAACGAAUGAAGCUUUGCAGGAUUAAAAGCGGUGCGAAAGGUGUAAAGAUAGGGGUAAUUUACAUUAGACACAACAAUUCAGAAAGAUUAAAAUGUCUGAGGUCUCAAAACAGAGGAAGGAAGUCAAUAUGAGUAUAUGUAUGUAAAGCUUAGUAUAAUGGCAGGGGAUUUUUUUGGUAGGUGUGAUUUUUUCCCUUUUUGGUUUCCGUUUGUUUUGAUUUGUUUUUGUUGGUUAGUUCUUUUUUUUAGGAAUUUAUGUUUGUAAUUUUUGUUGUAACUUUGCAUUGAAAAUAUUUUUUUAAAAAAAGAAGUACCGUAUUUUUCUCCCUAUAGGACGCACUGUCCCAUAAGGCGCACCUAGUUUUUUUGGGGGGGGAAAUAAAAGAAAAAAUAUAUAUUUCCCCACCAGACGCGGGGCUGGGGCGGGGGAAGCCUGAGCUUCCCCCGACCCCAGCCCCCAGAACAGGCAACACUCCGCAAGCCGUGGGAGCCCAGCGCCGGACUCCCGCACCUUGCGGAAAGCUGCGCGAAGCCUGGAGAAAGCCUGCAUUUGCCCCAUAGGACGCACACACAUUUUCCCUUCAUUUUUGGAGGGGAAAAAGUGCAUCCUAUGGGGCGAAAAAUACGGUAUAUUGGGAACAUUAAAUAGAGAAACCCUCCAUGGCCACUAGGUGCCUAGAUAAUAUGUGAACCACCUGGGCGGAAAUAGCCAACUUUCUUAAAUGCUGUGAUCUUCUCUGUCAUUCUAGUUUCACCCUUUCCUGAGUGAUUUUCAGUUCUACAAUGCUUCUAUGGGUGGAGCAUAUUUAGAUGAGAAUGGGGACCUGACAGCUGAUUUUGACGUGGUGAACAUUGUGAUGCUUGCCAAUGACUCCCUUCACGUAGGGAAAGUUGGGAGUAUGGAGAGAGAGGGAUCCGCAGACAUAAAAGUCACCAUUGAUCAGGAUGCCAUCGUGUGGCCCCUUUGGUUUAAUAAGGUGGGUUAAAUCAUUCAGAUACAUUUGACUAUGAUGCAAAAAGAAAAAGAAAACAGAGGAUAUUGGAUUGAAAGGGGAUUUUAGUUUUGUAGGAACAGUCACUCCCACUUCCACUCCCAGGAGCAUAUUGAUGAAAGUAAUAUUUUUUGCCUCAACCUGCAUCACUUCACACUUGUUUGCUUUGAAUUACAUUUCCCAAUUUAUUGCUUAAUCCACCUACAGAUUGACUAUUGUUAUUUAAUAUUUUAUUGGCAGCCACCCAGCGUGGCUGGGGAAACGCAGCCAGAUGGGUGGGGUAUAAAUAAUGAAUUAUUAUUAUUAUUAUUAUUAUUAUUAAUCACUCAAGUUUGGAGAGGUUCUGUUGGAGGUCUUCACAAUCUAUUUUUGUUUAAAAUUCCCUGAACAAUUUAGUAAAUGUAAAGUUCAAUCCAGUGCAAUCCACUCAAAUCCAACUAUGGGAUGUGGCACUCAUCUCUGCUUUCAGGCCAAGGGAGCUGGCAUUUGUCUGUAGACUGAUUUUCUGGCUCAUUUGGCCAGACUGACUAAACCGCUUCUGGCGCAACAGGACACCAGAGCGUACGGAAAUGCCGUUUACCUUCCCACAGCAGCAGUAUCUAUUUAUCUACUUGAACUAGUAUGCUUUCAAACUGCUAGGUGGCAGGAGCUGGGAGUAUUGGCAUAGAUAGACAUACCUGUGGGAAGGUUUACUUUAGCAGAGUUAAAAAUCCCUUAGAAUCCCUCUAUAGGAAUACACACACAAAUCUGAUUCAUGUAAUAUAAAACUAUUUUACUCUCAGAUUCAUUCAGGUUUACAGAAGCGUACCUGAAGGCAGGUUUAGGUUACAUAACAAGCAAAUGAACUAUACCAGAGGGAAGCUGGUCCUAAGGUGACUGCAACUCAGCAGUUAUCUUUGAAAACUACCAGCAACGGGGGCACUAGGGGCGCCUUGGAAGAUGGCCGACAAUACCAUCUAUCUGGCUUGCACGAGGUAAUUAGAGGCUGAUAAUGGGGAGUAUAUCAGUCUCGCUCGUCUUCCCAGGGGGUGGGAAGAUGCUGUACUCGCCCGCAGUUGUCCAUAAAUCACCCCCAAGUUCAAAAGAUGGAGGGGGUGGGGACACUGGGCGGAAAGCCCUUGUGCGAGCUCUGGAACUCCCGGACGCUACUUUCAGGAGUGAAAUUAGUUGCCUUGUUUAAGAGAGAGAAAAAUUGGAGAAGUAAAUGCACAUGCUUCGAGCAAGGUCAGGAGUGUAUUAUCUGCUAAAUAAAUCUACCACUGAGAAGAUUGAGCGAUGGGACAGAAUGAACAAAGGAUUACAUCAAGGAAGCACAGCCAUGACGGUAUGUUGAACGGAGCGGAAAGAGGGGGAAAACUUUCUUCUUUUUCAAUAUGAUAUACCUAACAACCCCCCCCCCCUUGAAGAACCGUCACAAUGUCUGAUAGCAAGUAAGAUUGAAAAACAAACUGUGUGGAAACAAAAAAAUGUUAAUAAAAGGUGUUACUCUGUGAAAGAUCUGGAAAGAAGGGAGGCUUUCUUGUUGCGUAGUUAUAAAAGCGAUCCGCCAUUAAGAGGCAGACCUGGUUGCAAGAUUUUCAGUUUUAGGGGGGGUGAGCCACUGUUCUGCUAUUAGAUUUGGAUCGUAAAUCUGAAAGGGCAAUAACCCUUCUGGAAAGACUGAUAUAAGGUGCAAAGGGUCUGGGAAAAUUAAAGAGCGGACGCCGAGACUGUAUUUCAUUCAUGAGAUGAAUUACGGGAGAGCAUUACAAAGUUCACACAGGAAUAUAAACAAGGCUGUUUCUUUCAACUCACUUGUGGAGACAACUCGGAGGUUAUUCAGAAGAAAAAGGAUAAUGACAAGGAGAUGAGAAGAUAGGAAUGUGAACACCAAAGUAGCAGAAAUACAAAGAUGAUUGGACUCCUACCGAACUCGAAGCAUGGGUACCCCCAAAAAAUUUUUAAAUUUGGUUUAAUAUUUGGACUUUGUGAUAUGUAUUGAUAUAAUUUGGAAUAAUUAAUAUGAUAUGAUAAUAUUGGCUUGGUAAAUGGAAACUUAAUAAAAAUUAUUUGCAAAACUACCAGCAACCGACAAACUGGUUGUCACAGCAACCGGUUAGAACCUGGAGGCCGUGAGUCCUCUGUCGGAAUGUUAGACUUGACUGCAACUUUACAUCCCACCAUACCACUAACUCCUGACCAUCUUUCUUUAUGGGCAGACUGUCCCUAAAUCCAGAUGUGCUGACAGCUGUCAUAUUGGGGAUGUCAAGGUCAUCUGGGAAGGAGAGCCACUUUGCUGCUAUGAUUGUGCUCCCUGUGUAAAAGGGACCAUCUCCACUGUGGAAGGCAAGUGAGAGAAGGAAUAGGGCAACUUUUGUAAUCUUGUCCAAAACAGUAUCAUUUUAUUCCCCCCCCCCCGAUAAAACCUUUACCCAAGGUUGGGGCAUCUGCUUUUCACGCAACAGAUUGCUGAUUCAAGUCACAGUAUCUCCCGCUGGGGCUGGGAAUGUCCCUUGCUUGAGACCCUGGGUGCUCAAAUGACUCAUCUUCCUUUCAGAUGCAGACCACUGCACCAAAUGUCCAGAAGAUCAGCACUCAAACAAGGACCGAGAUCAAUGUGUUCCCAAGAUUAUCACUUUCCUGUCCUAUGAAGACUAUUUGGGGAUUCUCUUGUCUUCCUUUACCUUGUUAUUCUCCUUAAUCACAUGCUUUGUGUUAGGAAUUUUCAUUAAAUACUCAGGAACUCCCAUAGUCAAAGCCAACAACAGGGACCUAUCCUACACCCUCCUUGUAUCCCUCUUGCUCUCCUUUUUGUCCUCCUUGCUCUUCAUUGGCCAGUCAAGAAAAGCCACCUGUCUUCUCCAACAAAUUGCAUUUGUCCUCAUCUUCUCAGUUGCUGUCUCUUCUUUGUUGGCCAAAACCAUUACCGUUGUGCUGGCUUUCCUGGCCACAAAGCCAGGGAACAGGGUGAAGAAACGGCUGGGGAAGACUCUGGCCAACGCUGUUGUCCUUUCAUGUUCCAGUGUCCAAGUUCUCAUCUGCACCACCUGGGUGAGUACCUCUCCCCCAUUCCCAGACUUAGACAUGCACUCCCAACCUGCAGAGAUUAUCCUGCAAUGUAAUGUAGGGUCUGCUGCCAUGUUUUAUGGUGCCCUUGGCUACAUGGGCUUCCUGGCUGCCAUCUGCUUCACGGUGGCUUUCCUAGCCAGGAAGCUGCCUGGGGCCUUCAAUGAAGCCAAGCUGAUCACCUUCAGCAUGCUGGUCUUCUGCAGUGUUUGGGUGUCCUUUGUUCCCACCUACCUGAGCACCAAGGGGAAAUACAUGGUAGCCAUGCAGGUCUUCUCUAUGUUGGCCUCCAGUGCUGGGCUUCUGGGCUGCAUCUUCAUUCCCAAGUGCUACAUUAUAUUACUCAGGCCUGGUCUGAAUACAAAGGAGCAUCUGACGACAAAAAGUAAAGUUGCCAUCUGAUUCUUUGUACAUUCUUUUCCAUUGUAGGAAUCUGUGAACAGAAAGGCAAUAACAAAAUCCAGCCACUUGGCUUAUGUGGUGAUCCAUCCUGGCUUAUGUGGUGAUGUAUCUUAAAUAAUUGUCAUUGUAGGAUCACAUUUCGCCACAUCAGUGAGAUAUUGUGAACAUAGAAUCAUAGCAUUAUGGAAGUGCAGAGUUGGAAGGGACUCCAAGGGUCAUCUAGUCCAACCCCCUGCAAUGCAGAAAUUUCAACUAACGCACCCAAGACAGAUGCCCAUCCAAACUCUGCUUAAGAACCUCCAAGGAGGGAAAGUCCACAACCUCCAAAGGGGGACCAUUCCACUCUCAAACAGCUCUUACUGUCAGAAAGUUUUUCCUGAUUUUUAAUUGGAGUCUCCAUUACUUUAACUUGAAGCCAUUGGUUCGAGUCCUACCCUCCAGAGCAUCAGCAAACGAAUUGUGAUGUUUUCUUCCAGCUCUGCAGCUGCUCCUCAAGCUCCACAGUGAUUCCAGAGAGGAUUAUUCCCCACAUACCUAUCAUAAUCAUAGUGAUUUAUUCUUUGGCAAACUCAAGCAAAGUACCCACUUUUGACACAGACAUUUCAGAAAUGAGAGCUUGAAAUGCUUGCUGCCUAUGUAAAGACCUCAUGUGCCAUCGAGGGCUUCGACUUAUCUUCCAGGCAGGCAGGGUUUUUGCCAGUGUGAAAGCUUCGUAUCCUCCCUUUCCUCUCAAUGUCACUGGGGCUUCAGUCUUGCUGGAGACUCUCAGUUUCUUGCUAAGUUGAGAGUAGUGACAACAGACGUAAUGACAGGAGGCAGACCCAGAGUGAGGCUCUUAUUGGUGUUGCUGCUGCUGCAGCAGCUGCUUCCCUGUGCAGCUUCUAGGAUGCGGAAAGCAAAAUGCCCAUUGAACUUGAGAAGGGAUCAUCCAGAUGCAAUGAAUUAUUAUGAGCCAGGAGACCACCUCAUAAGCGGGGUCAUAUCUACAUUACAAAUUGUUCAUAUUGGACACCAUUUCCUCGCCCCCCCCUUUCAUUUACAGUAUAAGGUACGCUGCAUUUCCCCAUGCAAUUUCUGCACAGCAGACAAAACUGUGAUUGAUGGGUAGGCAUCUACAUUGAACCUUGUUUAAUAGUAUUAUGCUCAGCUGUGAUUGUCCAAGCCUGUAAUGCUUAUAUGCCAGGAAUAAGUUGUGCUUUCUAGAUCUUGCACACUGAAGACACAAAAUGCAUGUGCAUUGAUUCCCUCCCUUCUUUUUCCAUUGGAAAGAAACAAAUUGAUGGUGAAUCAUGAAAAGCCAGAGAUCAUCUGCAUCCCAACUUCUUAACUUGGGACAUGUAAAGAUGGCCUGAUCUGCACUCCUCAGAAAGGAGCAGGACUAUAGCUAUUAAAUUGUCACAAUGUAUUUAUAAAGUUAACAUAUAAUCACGUUGAAUUGAGUCUAGAAAUCAACUGGCAGCCAGUACAGUUCACCUGCCCUGGGACCUUAGCGUGAAAGGUGGGUGCUGAAUAGGAUAAGAACAGCAAUAACAAUUAGAAGCAGAAAUUAUAUGACUUGUAAAGGUCUCUACUUUACAUCUCCUCUACCUUUUUUAAAAAUAAGGAAACAAACUCUUAUAACUUACCACUCCCCUUGAACUAGUGCUCCGUCCUUUUACAAACUUUUGCUCAAUAUAUUUGAGAGUUGUAUUCACUCCCUCUUUCCAGUACUCAAGUGCUCAAAUAUGCUUCUAUCUCCCUUUGACUGGCAAGCAGCCGCACACCUUCCAACAAACUCACAAAUGACUGAUUAUGUGAUGUGGAUGUUCUAUUUUGCUUCAUUCUUGUGGCUGCAAUUUCUUAUAGGAUUAAGAAAGCAGGGACUUGACACUUUUCACUGAACAGAGACUGACAUUAGGCUUCAUGCUUUGUUGCAGGGCAGCAGAUAUGGUAGCAUACUGGUAUCUCCUGUCCUUCAUGAUUGCCAUCCAUGAGAUUAAUCAGGACCCCAAGAUCUUACCCAACAUCACGCUGGGCUAUGACAUCUAUGAGAAUUAUUUCAAUGCAAGGAUGACUUAUGACGCCACACUAUAUCUGCUGUCUCCUGGGAGGGCCAAUGUCCCAAACUACCACUGCGGAAGAGAGAAGAAGCCCUUUGUUUUCAUUGAAGGGGUCAACUCUGACACCUCACUCCAGAUUUCAAAUAUGCUGGAAAGCUACAAAAUCCCCCCAGGUAUGAAUACAAUUGCUGGGAAACAUAUGAGGCACAUAGCUGUCAACUUUUUCCUUUUUUUAAGGGAAAUUCCCUUAUUCCGAAUAGGAUUCCUCACAAUAAAAGGGUAAAGUUGACAGCUAUGAUGAGGCAUGAGUGCUUUCGUGCUCAUGCUGUGCUUGCUGGUUUCCUACAAUCAUCUGGCCGGCCACUGUGUGAACGGGAUGCUGGGCUAGAUGAGCCGUUGGCCUGAUCCAGGAGCCUCUUCUUAUGUUGAAGGAUUUGUCCUGCUGGGUGAAGAUUUUUUCCAGAAAGAGAGUCACCAUCAGAGAAGUCUAAGGGGGGAACAAACCUUUCGGAAAUACAAACACAUCUCAGAAGCUACAACAGGAGGUUCACAGGAGCUGCUAAGUACCGUAUUUUUUGCACCAUAACACUCACUUUUUUCCUCCUAAAAGUAAGGGGAAAUGUCUGUGCGUGUUAUGGAGGGAAUGCCUACGGGUGGCAUGCCUACGGAUUUUCCUCCUCUAAAAACUACGUGCGUGUUAUGGUCGAGUGCGUGUUAUAGAGCGAAAAAUACGGUACUUUACACUUACAAAGGGGAAACAGGCUUUUGUUCCAGCCGGCACCUUCUAAGAGGAAAAGAAAGGUGUUCAUGCUGAGUUCCAGCACCUCUUUUUUUAAAAAAUAAAUGAAUAGGAAAACAGCAAUUUACACGGGGCAGGAAUCGUAUCUUGGUGGUUCAGAAAUGCAGCCUCUAGAAGGCAUCUCAGGGAUGGCUUUACACGAGCCUAUUUUUGUAACCUGCUCCGGGACUUUAAGAUGGAGGAUAAAUAAAUAUUGGGCAGAAAAACAAAACUCAUGUGAAACUAACACUCAAGUGAGCUAACACUCAAUCAGUGGCGUAGCAAGGUCAGAUGGUACCCAGUGCGGACAUGUUUUUGUCCCCCCCCCAUUGAAAUUAUUAAAAGAAGCAAAAAUAAGAUACACUUGCAAAUGUUAUUUUCUGGUUUAUUUACUUAACCUUGUGAGCAUAAGUACUUAAAUCUUUAUUUUCCUAACUUUCCUAGGGGCCUCUAUCUAGGCACCUUCUGUCCCCCCCCUUGCUCAGUGGAUGCCAUCUUUGCAUCCAGGUGCGUCCAGGUAGGGCAGCGUCGGACUCCUCACUGGUCCUUGAAGGUGUGUGGGUGGCAGUGGGUGGGCAAGCAUAAGCUAGGAAACAUCUGGCUUGGAGAGGCGCCUUCUCCCCCCAGGAAUUGCUGGUCGCUGCAAGAGCAGCAGCGGCGGCAGCAGAGUCUCUUAGGGGCUGUAAAUAUGCUUGGGUGAACUUUGGUAGUCCCGCUGCCCCACGCUCCUGGGUGGGGCAGGCAGUCCACCCCCACUGCCCCCCUUUCUCUGCCAGUGUGGAAGGGACCCAGGGGGUCAUCCAGUUCAACCCCUGCAAUGCAGGAAUCUCAACUAAAGCAUCCAUGACAGAUGACCAUCCAACCCCUGCUUAAAAACCUCCAAGGAAAGAGAGUCCAUCACCUCCCAAAGAUGUCUGUUCCACUGUUGAACAGCUUUCUGGACAUAUGAAGUCCCUCUGCUCUGACCCAAUCACCCAAAUCUCUGACUCAUUCUCUGAAAAUCACUGGUUUAAGUAGCUUCUCUACCUAUAUCAGCAGUAGCCCAUGUGGUGCCCUCCAGGUACUGCUGCACUACAACUCCCAGCACCCAUGUGCUCCCAUUGGCUCAUGGGAGUUGGAGUUGAAUAUCAUCUGGAGGGCAUCACUUUGGGAACCCCUGGCCUAUAUGGAAAAGGAAUGUUUCCUCUCAAAGAGCAAACAGCUUGUGAGAUGGGUGGGAAUUCUAAAUCUGGAAAACAGUACAGGAAAAAUGGGGCAGAUUCCCACACCACUUGUCACUGGUUGAGUAUUGCCCUAAAACUUCUUAAUCCCAGAACAGCCCCAACUGUCAGACGGCAAGGGUGGCUGCUCACGAGUAACCAGGCAGGACUCCAAGCUGUCUUUUACAGGUUCUAUUUAGACGUAAACUAUUUACAGUGCAGAACCCCAAAGUUCAUGUCUGCCUCAAUCGCUAGCAGAAUCCGGGAGUGCCUGUUUCCUGGACCUCCUCCAGCAUAAAAGCCUCGUUACGCCCAGCCUCUUCCUCCCCUGUUUGCGUGUUAGACUUCUGCACAGGGUGGGCAACGGAGGGGGCGUGCUUCCCUCCUGGCCGGCUUUGCCAGCAGUGGUGCUGAGGCUCCCACCAGCAUCCUCUGGUCCUUUCACCUCUUCCCCACUGGAGGUGGGGUUUUCCUCAUCACCGGAAGAGGAACUGCUUCGCAAGAUAUUCAGAGGCUCCCUGUAACACAACUGCCCCUCUGUUUCCCGCCUUCCCGCCCCUCUUCUGAUGGCAGUUCCCUGACACCAACAGAAGGCAUCUCUCUUAAAACAGAUUCUGCUGUUUUUCAUUACUUGUUCUUAUGAAUGUGGGUUGUUGCUAUUCUAAUUGUACAACUUUAAAAGGACAGCAGAUAAGAUCUAGGGUCUAAAUCUAGCAACGUUGUUCCAUGUUUUCUUAAAGAGUUGUGGAGGAAGCAGGACAUCACACCACAAUUUCCAGUUGACCAAUAAAACCCUCUAUAAUCUUCCUUUACUUCCUAGGUCAGUUAUGCUUCUGUUCAUCAUGCCCUUGACAAAACGCAAUCUCCUUUGCUCUACCGAAUGACCCCAAAUGAAGAACCCCCAGGCUCAGGUGGACUUGGAUUGGGCUCAUAGCUCCUGACUCUGACAAUGGAGAAAGGUUUCUGAGCACCUUGGCGCCUGUGCUAGCUACGGGUGGUGUCUGCCUUGCUUUCUCACAAACCAUUCCUCGAGACAUUCUGUAUAAAGGAGAUGAGUACACAAAGCUGAUGAAGAAGAUUUCAUUUUCCAUGGACAGGAGAAUCAAUGUGUUUCUUUACUAUGGGGACUCUCAGUCCCCCUUAGAAGCUGCACAUACGAUAGAAACCGUGAGUGAAACCCUGGAACCCAUUACUGGGAAAGUUUGGAUCACCAUAGCUCUCUCAUAUGCCAGCUCCAACAUGUCUCCCAAAAUACUUGAGAACAAGCACAUUCAUGGAUAUCUAUCUUUCUUUAUCCAGACCAAAAAAAGAUCAAAGCAAGAUGGUAAUCUGCCAGUUUCCUCCGCCUACAGUAAUUACCAUCCAUUUUGGCCUCGGGGCUAUAAUUGCUUAUAUUCAAAGCAUGUGUUUUCUGUGAAAGGCCAGAAGCGAUGCAGAGUGAAGGAGAACCUUUCAGGGUUCCCUCAGGACGUCCUUGAAAGGAGCCUGUUUCAGGACACCUACAGCAUUUACAACACGGUCCGAGCUCUGGCCCAUGCCUUAAACGCUGCGUACUCCUCUAGACCCAAGAGGGUGGUGAUGGUGGGACAGAACAGGUUGGAAGAUGAAAAAGUCCAAGCAUCACAGGUAUUCAUUUUCCUUCUUCUCUAAUUAUCUGGAUGGAUUUUGUUCCAUUUUAAAUAACGACUGGUUCAAUGACAGAUUUGUAGGUCCAUUACCUUUAAUUGACAGAAAUUAACCAAGCAUUUAAAAAAGGAGAUAAAUGAGGUUAUAAAAUACUGUACAUCAAAAUGAUUAAAAAAAUAAAAGAAUUGUCCAGUAGCACCUUAGAGACCAGCUACGUUUGUUCUUGGUAUGAGCUUUGUGUCCGUGCACAUGGUAUCUGAAGAAGUGCUCAUGCACACAAAGCUCAUGCCUGCCAAGAACAAACUUAGUUGGUCUCUAAGGUGCUACUAGAGAAUAUAUAUAUAUAUAUCUACUACGCCAGACCAACACAGCAACCUACCUGAGUCAAAAUGAUUGAUACAGAAUUAAUAGACCCUUCAAUAGUUACCUUGAUCUGCAAGACUAUGGACUGCUAGCAAUGAUCAUGUGACCCUUUCAAAGAGAAGACCAAAGAUUCCUUAAAAGGAAAUGACAUUCAUAUUACAUCUCCAUUCAUAUACAUUCCUAGGGAUGCCAUCAUAAUAGCAAGAUAGCAUUCUACUGCAUGUAAGAAGUUCAAUAAAUUUUAAUUUCCAAAGUUUCUCCACAAACCCAUUCCAAGGCCAAAUGGCUCCCUGGUCUAGGAGAUUGUGUCUCUAUAGACAAUAGCAACACACCUGCCUUCACCCCCUAGUCUAGCCUGGCGCAGUAUCAUAAACUCAGGUGGGCACAACUAGGUAAGGUCAGGCCCCCUCACCUGAAUAAUAGAAUCAUGGAAUUGUAGAAUUGGAAGGAACCCUGAAAGUCAUCUAGUCCCACAUACUGCAAUGCAGGAAUCCCGAGUAAAUCAUUCUUGACAGAUGGCCAUCCAACCUCUAUUGAAAAACCUCCAAUGAAGGAGAGUCCACAACCUCCUGAGGGAGACUGUUCCUCUGUCUUACAGCUCUUAGCGUCAGAAAGUUCUUGGUAAUGCAAGACACAUCAGUCCACUCACGUUCAGUCAAAUCUUGAAAGGAACCUAUUUCUUAGGCUGCUCAACUGAUGGAAGAAGACAUUCUGAAAGACCUCAAGUAUAUUGGGGAAAUGAUAUACCAAUGGUACUUAACUCAAAAUACGGCAAUUUACAUUAGACACAACAAUUCAAAAAGAUUAAAAUUUUUGAGGUCUCAAAACAGAGAAAGGAAGUCAAUAUGUGUAUAUGUACGUAAAGAUUAGUAUGAUGGCAGGGUAUGGGUUUUUUUAGGUGUGGGUUUUUUCUUUUUUUGUUUCUGUUUGCUUUGAUUUGUUUUUAUUGCUUUGUUCUUUUUUUAGGAUUUUAUCUUUGUAAUUUUUGUUGUAACUUUGCAUUGAAAAUAUUUUUUUAAAAAAAGAAGUAUAUUGGGAACAUUAAAUAGAAAAACUCUCCAUGGCCACUAUGUGCCUGGAUAAUAUGUGAACCACCUGGGCUGAAAUAGCCAACUUUCUUAAAUGCUGCGAUCUUCUAUGUCAUUCUAGUUUCACCGUUUCCUGAGUGAUUUUCAGUUCUACAAUGUUUCUAUGGGUGGAGUAUAUUUAGAUGAGAAUGGGGACCUGACAGCUGAAUUUGACGUGGUGAACAUUGUGAUGCUUGCCAAUGACUCCCUUCACGUAGAGAAAGUUGGGAGCAUGGAGAGAGAGGGAUCUGCAGACGUAAAAGUCACCAUUGAUCAGGAUGCCAUUGUGUGGCCCCUUUGGUUUAAUAAGGUGGGUUAAAUCAUUCAGAUACAUUUGACUUUGAUCCAAAAAGGAAAAAAAAACAGAGGAUAUUGGAUUGAAAGGGGCUUUUAGUUUUGUAGGAACAGUCACUCCCACUUCAACUCCCAGGAGCAUAUUUAUGAAAGUAAUAUUUUUUGCCUCAACCUGCAUCACUUCACACUUGUUUGCUUUGAAUUACAUUUGCCAAUUUAUUGCUUAAUCAGUCUACAGAUUGACUUUUGUUAUUUAAUAUUUUAUUGGCAGCCACCCAGUGUGGCUGGGGAAACCCAGCCAGAUGGGUGUGGUAUAAAUAAUGAAUUAUUAUUAUUAUUAUUAUUAUUAUUAUUCUUCACUCAAUUUUGAAGAGGUUCUAUUUUUGUUUAAAAUUCCCUGAACAAUUUAGUAAAUGUAAAGUUCAAUCCAGUGCAAUCCAGUCAAAUCCAACUAUGGGGUGUGGCACUCAUCUCUGCUUUCAGCCCAAGGGAGCUGGCAUUUGUCUGUAGACAGAUUUUCUGGCUCAUUUGGCCAGAAUGACUAAACCGCUUCUGGCGCAACAGGACACCAGAGCGUACGGAAAUGCCGUUUACCUUCCCACAGCAGCAGUAUCUAUUUAUCUACUUGAACUAGUAUGCUUUCAAACUGCUAGGUGACAGGAGCUGGGAGUAUUGGCUCCAGUAUUAUUGCAGAGAUAGACAUACCUGUGGGAAGGAUUACUUUAGCAGAGUUAAACAAUGCGCAUUAUAAGUUUAUGCAGCGAUCAGCUUGUUGCUGACUUGUCUGAGUUCUACUAAUAAAGGAAUACACACACGAAUCUGAUUCAUGUAAUAUAUAACCAUUUUACUCUCAGAUUCAUUCAGGUUUACAGAAGCGUACCUGAAGGCAGGUUUAGGUUCCAUAACAAGCAAAUGAACUACACCAGAGGGAAAUUGGUCCUAAGGUGACUGCAACUCAGCAGUCAUCUUUCAAAACUACCAGCAACCGACAAACUGGUUGUCACAGCAACCGGUUAGAACCUGGAGGCCGUUAGUCUUCUGUCGGAAGGUUGCACUUGACUGCACCUUUACAUCCCACAAACCUACUAACUCCUGACCAUCUUUCUUUACGGGCAGAAUAUCCCUCAAUCCAGAUGUGCUGAGAGCUGUCAUAUUGGGGAUGUCAAGGUCAUCCGGGAAGGAGAGCCACUUUGCUGCUAUGAUUGUGCUCCCUGUGUAAAAGGGACAGUCUCCACUGUGGAAGGCAAGUGAGAGAAGGAAUAGGGCAACUUUUGUAAUCUUGUCCAAAACUGUAUCUUUUUAUCUCCCCCCCCCCAAUAAAACCUUUACCCAAGGUUGGGGCAUCUGCUUUGCAUGCAAAAGAUUUAAGCCAUAAUAUGCCAAGGUUUGUCGGAGCCAGCCGUUACAAAUGGCGCAGUUUAGCAUAAAAUAAAGACACAGAGAGCCAGCAAUAUUUUAAGGAUGGUAUGAGCAGCUCCUUUCGAACUUCUCUCUCCUCCCGUAGCUUUUUUAUUAUCCUUUGUUCUCCCCACUCGCAAGGCCGUUUGCCAAUGUCUCACAUUACCUACAUCCGUUCAUGGCUUUAACCCACCCACAAACCAUAUAAGGUUAUACUGCCCAGAGGGGGAACAUAACUCCAUAUAAAGCUAUGCUCUUAAUACACUGCAAGGCACGGACAUGCAGGUCACUGAGGUCAGCGAGGCACCAGGUGGCGCUACAAGCCUUUUUCCAUGACUUCCUGGCUCCCACAAAGGUUGUACUGGGAAUACCCCUUGCUUGAGACCCUGGGUACUGAAGUCACUCAUCUUACUUUCAGAUGCAAACCGCUGCAUCAAAUGUCCAGAAGAUCAGCACUCAAACAAGGACCGAGAUCAAUGUGUUCCCAAGAUUAUCACUUUCCUGUCCUAUGAAGACUAUUUGGGGAUUCUCUUGUCUUUCUUUACCUUGUUAUUCUCCUUAAUCACAUGCUUUGUGUUAGGAAUUUUCAUUAAAUACUCAGAAACUCCCAUAGUCAAAGCCAACAACAGGGGCCUGUCCUACAUCCUCCUUGUAUCCCUCUUGCUGUCCUUUUUGUCCUCCUUGCUCUUCAUUGGCCAGCCAAGAAAAGCCACCUGUCUUCUCCAACAAAUUGCAUUUGUCCUAAUCUUCUCAGUUGCUGUCUCUUCUUUGUUGGCCAAAACCAUUACCGUUGUGCUGGCUUUUCUGGCCACAAAGCCAGGGAACAAGGUGAGGAGAUGGCUGGGAAAGAGUCUGGCCAACUCCAUUGUCAUGUCCUGUUCCAGUAUCCAAAUUCUCAUCUGUGUCAUCUGGCUGGGUACCUCUCCUCCAUUCUCAGACUCUGACAUGCACUCCCAGCCCCGAGAGAUCAUCCUGCAGUGUAAUGAAGGAUCUGUUGCCAUGUUUUAUGGUGCCCUUGGCUACAUGGGCUUCCUGGCAGCCAUCUGCUUCACAGUGGCUUUCCUAGCCAGGAAGCUGCCUGGGGCCUUCAAUGAGGCCAAGCUGAUCACCUUCAGCAUGCUGGUCUUCUGCAGUGUUUGGGUGUCCUUUGUUCCCACCUACCUGAGCACCAAGGGGAAAUACAUGGUAGCUGUGCAGGUCUUCUCUAUGUUGGCUUCCAGUGCUGGGCUUCUGGGCUGCAUCUUCCUUCCCAAGUGCUACAUUAUUUUACUCAGGCCUGAUCUGAAUACAAAGGAGCAUCUGACAACAAAAAGUAAAGUUGCCAUCUGAUUCUUUGUACAUUCUUUUCCAUUGUAGGGAUCUGUGAACAGAAAGGCAAUAACAAAAUCCAGCCACUUGCUGUUCUAAAAUGAAAUAUUCAAAUGUCAAAAAACUUUGUCAGGAGAGGAUAUGAGGUGAUGGGGAGAGAUACAAAUACUCUGAAAUAUAAUAUUCGACUGGCACAGGAGGCUUCAAGUGCAUAAAAAAGUCCAUCAGGCAGCAGAGGUUCAUCAUAUCAGGCCCCAAAAUGUCCUGAAAAAAUAGUUUGAUUCUGGCUUAUCUGGUGAACAUAGAAUCAUAGAAUUAUGGAAGUGUAGAGUUGGAAGAGGGAUCCCAAGGGGCAUGUAGUUCAACCCUCUGCAAUGCAGGAAUCUCAACCAAGCAUUCAUGACAGAUGGUCAUCCCAACUCUGAUUAAAAACCUCCAAGGAAGGAAAGUCCACAAUCUCCCAAGGGGGACUAUUCAAACGGCUCUUGUUGUCAGAAACUUUUUCCUGAAGUUUAGUCUCCUUUCUUUUAACUUGAAGCCAUUGAUUCAAGUCCUACCCUCUAGAGCAUCAGAAAACAAAUUGUGAUGUUUUCUUCUAGCUCUGCAGCUGCUGCUCAAGCUCCACAGUGAUUCCAGAGAUGUAUAUUCCCUGCAUAAUUAUCAUAAUCAUAGUGAUUUAUUCCUCGGCAAAACUCACAAAUGUACCCACUUUUGACACGAAGAACAGAUAUUUCAGAAACGAAAGCUUGAAAUGCCUGCUGCAUUUUUAAAGACGUCUUAUGCUAUCGAGGGCUUUGACUUAUCUUCCAGGCAGGCAGGGAUUCCGCCAGUGUGAAAGUUCGUUUCUCCCUUUCCUCACGUUUUCUCCAGGGCUUCGGUCUUGUUGGAGACUUUGGGCUUCAUCUAAUUUGCUUCUUGCUAAGUUGAGAGCAGUGACAACAGACGUAAUGACAGGAGGCAGACCCAGAGUGAGGCUCUUAUUGAUGUUGUUGUUGCUGCUGCCGCUUCGCUGUGCAGCUUCUAGGAUGCGGAAAGCAAAAUGCCCAUUGAACUUGAGAAGGGAUCAUCCAGAUGCAAUGAAUUAUUACAAGCCAGGAGACCACCUCAUAAGCGGGGUCAUAUCUACAUUACAGACCGUUCAUCCUGAACACGAUUUCCUUAUCCCCCCUUGCAAUUACAUUGUAAGGUAAGCUGUACUUUCCCCUUGCAAUAGCAUAGCAGAUAAGAUUGUGAUUAAUGGGUAGGCAUCUACAUUGGACCUUGUUUAAUAGUAUUAUGCUCAGCUGUGAGUGCCCAGGCCUCUAAUGCUUAUAUGCCAGGGACAAGUCCUGCUUUCUAGAACUUGCCCAGUGAAGACACAAAAUGCAUAGGCAUUGCUUCCCUCCUUACUUUUUUCCACUGGAAAAAAACCAAAUUGAUGGUGAAUCAUGAAGAGCCAGAGAUCAUCUGCGUCCCAACUUCUUGACUUGGGAAAUGUAAAGAUGGCCUGAUCUGCACUCCUCUGAAAGGAGCAGGACUAUAGCUAUUAAACUGUCACAAUGUAUUUAUAAAGUUAACAUAUAAUCACGUUGAAUUGAGUCUAGAUAUCAACUGGCAGCCAGUACAGUUCACCUGCCCUGGGACAUUAGGGUGCAAGGUAGGUACUAAAUAGGAUAAGAACAGCAAUAACAAUUAGAAGCAGGAAUUAUUUGACUUGUAAAGGUCUCUACUUUACAUCUCUACCUUUUUUAAAAAUAAGGAAGCAAACUCUUAUAACCUACCACUCCCCUUGAACUAGUGCCCUGUCCUUUUACAAACUUUUGCUCAAUAUAUUUGAGGGUGGUAUUCACUCCCUGCUUCCAGCACUUAAGUGUUCAAAUAUGCUUCUAUCUCUCCUUAACUGGCAAGCAGCCGUUCACCUUCCAACAAACUCACAGAUGGCUGAUUAUGUGAUGUGGAUGUUCUGUUUUGCUUCAUUCUUGUGGCUGCAAUUUCUUCCAGGACUUAGAAAGCAGGGACUUGACACUUUUCACUGAACGGAGACUGACAUUAGGCUUCAUGUUUAUUACAGAGAAAGAGGGACAAGAGCAUACUGGAAUCUCCUGUCCUUCAUGA